GAGGGCAUUUUGGACAUCGAAUAGAUCAAGACAUAGCAUUUCCAAGUGAAAUUUUAGAUAUUAUUUGCCAGGAUAGAAUAGACCAAACAGUUUCAUGUCAGUAUAAUGAAACCUUAGACAAAAUCGAUGAAAUGGAGCGAAAUCAACAUUCAGGGAUAAUUAAUCUUCAAAAUACAAACGAAAGAUAUUUCGAAGCAUGUAUGAAAGCUUAUUUAGCAAGUGAAGAGGCCUGUAGACAGGGUCGAAGAGCAAGAAAUCUUCAUGAUGUUAGUAGGCUACAAUGCUUUAAUAAUAUACUAGACUUCUCUGGUAUAAAUUUUCCAUCCACAUUACGUGAUAUCAAUAUAUUCGAAGAAAAUAAUCCAAAUUACGCAAUAAAUGUGUUCUAUCCUGCGCCAGAAAAAAUGAUAAAAAGCAAGCAACUAGAAAGAGAGGAAAAUUUGAGAAAUCACCGUAAUAUUAAUGAAAUCUCUCCAGGAUUAAAUACUCAUUACUGUCUUAUUAAUGGUGAAAAUGGAUGGAAUAGGAUCAUGCGAAAUUGGAAUAAGCAUCAUGGUACAACUGCCACGGUUGAAAUAAUCCUAAUGCUAGGCAAAGAGAAAUCUUCCCAAAAAAAGGCAAUAGAAAAUGUACCAUUUUAUUUUGUUAAAGAUCUCGAAGCAGAUAGUGAUCUAGUAGAGAAUAACAUUAUCAAUGAAAAGACUCUUAAACUACAGAAGCAGAAGCCUAAUAGUUAUAGCUAUGCAUUGAUCAAAACAGAUAGGAAGCUUGCAAAAAAAAUUGUUAGGCGAACUUCAAACUCAAUUGCAGAGUUAUGGGAAAGCAUGCAACGAGACUUGGAAGAAAUUAUCAAGCCAAAGUUGCGCAAUCCAGAAAAAAUAAAAAUGACAGAAUGUGAUUGGCGAACACAUAAUUCUGCCAGAAAAUGUUAUAUAUGUGAAGGUCCUCUACAUAAAACCCGAUAUAAUAAAGUAAAAUAUUUUGAUACUUCCAGAAAAUUCAUAGGUGCAUCACAUUAUGGCUGUGUUAAAAUCAAAUGUGAGGCCACAGAAGAAAAACUUGCAGAGGCUAUAUAUCAUACAGAAGGUUUAAGUAUAGAAGAAGAAAAUAUAUUCAAAACAGCGUCUAAAUGUUGUAUAUGUAAGAUGAAACUUCAUGCUGAUAUAAAUAAAAACAAGGUUAGAGAUCAUGAUCAUUUUACUAGAAAAUAUCAUGGUCUAGCACACCGUAGCUGUAAUCUUCAACUCUGUAUUAAGCCAGAUGAAAUUAAGAUCCCAUUAAUAUAUCAUGGUGGGAAGCAUUAUGACUUCCAUCAUGAAAUACGGGAAUUAGGCCUAAUCAACUCUUGCCAAUUUCAAUUUCCAUUAUUAGAAAAAGUAGCAAGUAAUUUGUGUGGUCAAAAAAAAACCCAGAGCAAUUGGCCAAAUGUUUUCCAAUUAUGGACAGAGUAUUCCUUAGCAUUUGCUUUCAUUACUUAUACAAAAAAUCAAAAGCAAUAUGACCAUGCGCAGAAAGUAUGGGAGGAAGCAAAGUGUGAAACAUUCAGGAAUUAUCAUGAUUUAUACCUCAGAACCGAUGUUUUAAUAUUAGCAAACUCAAUUCAGCGUUUUCGAAUAACAAUGAAGGAAGUAUCUGGACUAGAUCCUUUGAACUAUAUAACAUUAUCAUCAUUCGCAUUUGAUAUGGCAAAAAAGAUAACUAAGGUCAAGCUCGAAUUAUUCCAUAAGGGGCAGAAGGAUAUGCAUGAGUUUAUUCAACGUUGA